AUGGGCAACACCAAAAGCGGCGCACUCUCCAAGGAACUGCUGGAGGACCUGAAGCUCAAUACGAAGUACAGUGAGAACGAAUUAUGCGCCUGGUACCAGAGCUUUCUGAAGGAGUGCCCCAGCGGUCGCAUCAGCAAGGAACAGUUCGAGGGAAUAUACGCCAGUUUUUUCCCGGACGCAGACCCCUCCGCCUACGCGCAGCAUGUAUUCCGGAGCUUCGACACAAACAGCGACGGGACGCUGGACUUCAGGGAGUACAUCGUGGCGCUGCACCUCACGACUUCCGGGAAGACGCUGCAGAAGCUGGAGUGGGCGUUUGCCCUCUACGAUGUGGACGGAAAUGGCACCAUCAGCAAAAACGAGAUUCAGGAAAUUGUACAGUCAAUAUUCCACAUGCUAUCCAAAGAAGAUCAAGCAGGCCUCCCAGAAGAAGAGAACACGCCAGAAAAAAGGGCGGAUAAAAUAUGGAAUCAUUUCGGCAAAAAAGAAAACGACAAAAUAUCUGAAGGGGAGUUUAUUCAGGGGGUCAUGGACAACAAAGAGAUCUUGAGGCUGAUACAGUUUGAUGAACCACAGAAAAUCAAAGAUAGGUUAAAGGAAAAGAAGAAUUAGCUUUUGGAUGUGUGAGACCUCCAUUGAAAAGACUGUUCAUUUUUCACCGUUUACAUACCUGUGCUGUCCAAGCUUCUUAUGCUGCCGUGUAGUGUUCAACUCAGAUCUACAUUGUGUAUGUCAUACAUCAUUGUAUAUUUGCAGGGUGUUUCAUUUUGCUUUCCUUUCACAACCACAUGCCAUAGGCUCGAAACAAGCUCAUGAAGAUCCUGGAGAAGAAGUCCAGGUCCCUAAGUCACUGCCUCGUACCUCUGCCUUGUCCUAGCUGGAUUAGGAGCUGGCCAUUUGCUUAAUAAAACUGAAUGAAAACCAGAAAGCUCUCCAAAUUGAUUGAGCUUCGGCUAUGGCCAGCAAUCCCUUUCCACCAAAUCAAUCCUCUUAAAAUCUGAAGGUCAUUUUGAACAAGUGCUUGUAGAAGACUUGUGGCAGUGGUGGGAAUAUUCCAAGAGGUGUUGGUACACUCUUUGGUACAUUUAUUUAGUACCAUCUCAUCAAGAUUGAUACUUUCUUACAGUACAGAUAAUGUUAGAGUGAAAAGUAGUAGAAUAACUAAUAUAAAAUAUAAACAUAAGGUCUGUAAUGUAAUAUUUAAUUGGAUGGAAACUGAGAGACCAUGGUUGGUAGUGAGCAUAGGAAGGGAAUAGCGGUCACUGAAUAUAUGGUCUCACUUUAAGUAGAAAUGCUUUGUUCAUGUUUGAUGUGGAUUGAACUGCAACACUGGGCUGGACUGUGUAUCUAUCGCUGUGAUAGCAUCACAUAGAUUAAUCGGCUGGGUAAGAUCUGUUUCUGUUCCAUGUAGGCUGUUCAUUCACUGGAGGGAAAUAUGCCUUUCUCAAUGGUGAAGCAAAAUAGAGACUAACUGUAACAAAUUAUUACAAUUUGUGUUCCAAUGUUUUGCAGUAAUAAAGAUAGAUUAAAAACUGUAA